AUGGCAUCUGGAGAGUGCCUUCUGCUAGACCUAGAAACAGAUAACUUCAUUUUCUAUAACAUCUCUGUGAACCAGAGUGCAAACUUCUCCCUCCUGGGGGAAGACUGGUUCUACCCAGCGUUCCUCUACGCCAUCCCCACUAUCUAUGGGAUCAUCAUUCUGAUAGGCCUUAUUGGCAAUAUCACCUUGAUCAAGAUCUUCUGUACUGUGAAAUCCAUGAGAAAUGUCCCUAAUUUGUUCAUUUCCAGUUUGGCUCUGGGAGACCUGCUGCUUUUAGUGACUUGUGUGCCUGUGGAUGCCAGCAGGUACCUUGCUGACGAGUGGCUGUUUGGCAGAACUGGAUGCAAACUUAUUCCCUUCAUACAGCUCACCUCUGUAGGGGUGUCAGUCUUUACUCUCACUGCUCUCUCAGCUGACAGGUAUAAAGCUAUAGUAAGGCCAAUGGAGAUCCAAGCAUCGCAUGCACUGAUGAAGAUUUGUGUGAGAGCUGCUAUAAUCUGGAUUGUAUCCAUGCUGCUUGCCAUCCCUGAAGCAGUAUUUUCAGAUCUGCACCCUUUCCAUGACAAAGGGACUAAUAAAACCUUUAUCAGCUGCGCUCCUUACCCUCAUUCAGAUGGGCUGCAUCCCAAAAUUCACUCAAUGGCAUCCUUUCUCAUAUUUUAUAUUAUUCCCCUAUCUGUAAUUUCAGUAUAUUAUUAUUUUAUUGCUAAGAAUCUGAUCCGGAGUGCUUACAACAUCCCCGUGGAAGGAAAUGUGCAUGUGAGGAAACAGAUUGAGUCCCGUAAGCGCCUGGCCAAGACCGUGCUGGUCUUCGUGUGCCUCUUCGCCUUCUGCUGGCUGCCCACCCACAUCAUCUACUUGUACCGCUCCUACCACUACUCCGAGGUGGACACCUCAGUGCUGCAUUUCAUUGCCAGCAUCUGUGCUCGGAUCCUGGCCUUCACUAACUCUUGUGUCAACCCCUUUGCUCUGUACUUGCUGAGCAAGAGCUUCCGGAAGCAGUUCAACAACCAGCUGCUGUGCUGCAGGGCCCGCCUGCUCAUCCGCUCGCACAGCAUGGCCAGGAGCACCACGCGCAUGACCUCCCUCAAGAGCACCAACCACUCCCUGGCCACCUUCAGCCUCAUCAAUGGCAACCACCUGUGCCACGAGGGCUGUGUCUAAAGGGCACAGGCAGGGACAUGAAUUGAUGAGCGUGGCUGCUGGACUUUGCUCCGUGGGCAUGGUGAGCAGCGCACGCACGCGUGCACACGCACAUGCAGGGAGGUGUGGUGUGCUCAGAGAGCUCAGAGGAGCUUGAAGCAAUCGGCAUUUCAUCUUGGGCUCAGGCUGAAGCAUCCAGCAUUUCACCCUGGACUGAGGCAUCGCCAGAGCAUCAGAUCAUUGAGCACCAGUUCACAGGAUCUCCCUGGGAAGGGCUGCUGUGCUUUCAAUGAGAGCAAAAUGAGCACCUUAAGAUCAAAUCUUUUUUGGCUCUGCAGAAUCCUCAUCAUUUCCUGCUCAAUCCCAUACUUAUGCAGACUUGCAGCAGUGAUAAAGACCAUAUCAGGUGCACACAAUUUGUCAGAACAGUUGCAUCCAUCACUUCAUGGUGUAAUGUACUUUGACAUAGAAAUAAAUCCGUUUAAAUAAGGUAAAUACUUUUACAAAAGAGUUCAACAUAGGUCAUUUACAGACUUUUCAAGUAUUUAUUAAUGUCCUGAGUACAGUGUUAAUUCAUGGUCUAAAAGAUAUCAAGAGUUUACUGGGGCAUGUCUGUGGCCCCAUCUGAAAUGAGCACUAUCUUGCACCACGUCAAUGUGAAAGCAGUAAUGUGAAUAAA